AUGAACAUUGCAAAUUUUUUAGGAAUAAGUAUAGAUCCGAUAAAUAGAAAUUAUCUGCUAGUGUUAGAAUAUUCCGAAGAAAACCUCCGUGAUUAUCUAUUGAAUCACGAUUUAGGAUGGGACGAAAAAAUCAGAAUUGCAAAAGACAUAGCGAAUGGAUUGAACUUUAUUCAUAAUGAGAUAAAUAUGAGCACAAAGGCCAUAUUUCUUGAUAACGAUAAAGCCUUUUUAUUGGAUCCCAGAAUAUUCUCUAUUACAACAGAAUCGUCAGGCUAUUAUAAUCCACCUGAUGAAUCAAUAGCGUUUGUUGAUCCAAAUGUCUUGAAAGAUCCAAAGAUAAAUUAUACGACUGAAUCCGACAUUUACAGCUUAGGCGUUAUAAUGUGGGAAAUAUCAAACAGGAGAGUUCCAUUUUCCGAUGUAAAAGGUCAUGAAUUGUUAAUAGAAAGGAUACAGAAUAACCUUCAGGAAGAGACUAUACCCGGUACUCCCCAAGAAUAUGCUAGCUUAUAUCGAAGAUGUUUGCUCGAACCAAAAAUGCGUCCUAGUAUUCUCGAUGUAUGUAAGGAGCUUGGACGAAUGUUAG